AUGCUGGAUCAGUUCGCGGCCCUUAAAUGGGUCCAUGCCAAUAUCGAUGCCUUUGGAGGAGAUCCGUCUCGCAUCACUGUCAUGGGCCAGUCGGCUGGCUCUGCUGCCACCCGGCAUAAUCUCAACAGCAACCUGACCAGAGGACUCAUUACCGGCGCCAUUAUCGAGAGUGGCGUGCGGGAUCCCCGCAAUCCGCUAUACACGAGUCUGGCCGAGGCCUACAUCACGCUGAACGACUCGUACGCCACAGGUGUCGAAUACCUGUCUAGCCUGGGGUUAUCCAGCAUUGCCGACGCCCGUGAGAAGUCUAUGGACGAGCUCCUCAAUGCGACUAUCAGCGCUUCUGGCGAUAGUAUAAGCUUCUCGGCUACUCUGGACUACUACGCAAUGCCCGACACCUACUGGAACACUUUACGGCGCCAGCUACAGCCUGAACAUCAGCGUUACCGAGUACUUGUCCGAUUUGAACUCAACAUACUCGAGCCCCUGGUGCAAGCGCUUCCUCUCUCUGUAUCCCUCCAACGACUUAAAACGACAGCCUCGGGAGCAUACAACUCCAUGUUCACCGACAGGUCCAAAGUGGGCACGUAUUUCUGGUCCCGACUCUGGGCCACCGCGCGCUCGUCCCCAGUUUACAAUUACUUCUGGGACCAUGCUCCUCCGGGGCAAUCCUCCGGUGCUGCUCAUGAGUCUGAGGUCAACUAUGUGCUGAAAUAA